AUGGUCUAUUGCGGCAAACCAUCGACCUCGUGUCGCCAAUGUAGAAGACGCAACAUCAAGUGCGACAAAAAAAGAGACUCCUGUGGGCAAUGUUUGAGGGCUAAUAUCUCAUGUCCUGGCUACCACGAUCCCAAGAACCUUGUCUUCAGAGAUGAAACAAAGUCAGUCGUCCGAAGAGCUACUGCUGGAGUAUCAACACCACCACCAGCUCCCAUCGUCCUUCCCCUAGAUCUCCGGGCCAAAUUUUGGUUUGUCUCCCAGUAUGUUCUCGGCGACUCCUCUGCCUAUGACUACAUGCAGACCUUCUAUCCCCCUCGCCCGUCGAUGGACUGCGGGCAUCUCACCGCAGCCGUCAGAGCAGCAAGCCUAGCCUUUCUCUCUAAUGAGCACCACUCUCCUCUGAUCCUAGAGAGCGCCCGGAAGAUGUACUGCUCAGCCUUGCUCCUACUCAACAAGGCAUUGUCUUCGCCGCAUCUCGCUACCCAGAAUAUCACUCUCCUCGCUGUCCUCCUGCUGCACCUCUUCGAACAUCUAAUAAAAAGGGGGGAGGUUCCUCUUGAGCCUGAGACCAAGCACAAUGAUGGCGCUAUCGCUAUCGUCAGGCUUCGGGGCAGCGAUCAAUUCAGCACCGAGGCCGGAAAGAGGAUGUUCCUGCAGCUGUGUUCAAAUGUCAUAUUGAACUGCAUCAAACGCGAGGUUCCAGUCCCGCCAGAAAUGAUAGCUCUCCGGACCAAUGCAUCCCGUUUCAUGGACACCAGCGACCCCCGAUGGCGUCUCCAUAGCCUGAUGAUCCGCUUCGCUUCAUUACGAAGUGCCAUGCGGAACGGCGAGCUGCCAACCUCGGAGUUUCUCGAACAGGCGAAGACGCUGGAUGAUGAAUAUCUCGCGAUCUGUAGUUUCAUGGGACCGAAAUCCCGGUCUGAACUUUUGGAGAAUACGGAUUGCCGUGAUGUAGCUCUCGGCAGCAGUCACGUCCACCUAGGCCGCAGCUGGAACAGUUUCCGUGUCGCCCGAGCAUUAUUCGGGGAGACCGUUCAGAGAUACUCUCUGGCGGCAGAGAGCGCUGUGCCUAAUUCCCCGGAGUGA